CAUCGGGCCCAACCAACCGCACAGGCCACGCCCUCACUCCUCCGCCUCUCUCCCUCCAGCGACGGACUCCACGGAUCCACGGCGGUGGGGGGCCCGAUGUCCGCGGCGGCGAAUCCCAGGGUCACGGGCGCAGCUCCCGCGCCCCCGCUGCUCCCUCCAUGCCUCCUCCGCUGCGCGGCCGGAGGGAGCCGCAGCCGGCGCGGGACGCUGCUCGACGCCGCCGCCCUCCGAGGCGUGCCGUCGGGAACCGAGCCACCGCGCGGGGCCGCGCUGUUGCCGGGCGUGCCCUGGGCGGCCACGGCACGGAGACGACGCCCUCCGGCCGGCGAAGCAGCUCUGCCUGCGCCUGCGCUCACUCUGACGCCUUCUGCGGGGCGCCUCCGGUGGCCCCUUCUUCCUCCGCUCCGGCAUAGAUUCUUUUGUUGUACGAAUGCGGUAUCCUCGAGCGGCGGCGAGCCGUCGCCUUCGACUGAUGGCGGCAAGAACCCGUUGGCCCCGCUCGUCGAGCUAUGGCGCCGAACGGUGCAACCGCUGGGGGAUUAUGGAUUCGGGAAGCGCAGCGUGUGGGAAGGCGGCGUGGGGCUCUUCAUGGUCUCCGGGGCGGUCCUGUUGGCGCUGGCGCUCGCGUGGCUCCGGGGGUUCCAGCUGCGGUCGCGUUUCCGUAAGUACAAUGCCGUGUUCGAGUUCAGCCAGGCGUGCGGGAUUUGCGUGGGCACGCCCCUCAGGAUACGCGGGGUCACCGUUGGGAGCGUCGUCCGUGUCGACUCUUCGCUCAGGAGUAUUGAUGCAUAUGUUGAGGUUGAAGAUGAUAAAAUUAUUGUGCCACGUAAUUCAUUGGUUGAGGUUAAUCAGUCUGGUCUUUUAAUGGAGACAAUGAUUGAUAUUACACCAAAAGAUCCACUUCCUGCACCUUCAGUUGGUCCACUUGAUGGAGACUGUUCCAAAGAAGGCUUAAUCCUUUGCGACAAAGAGAGAAUGAAAGGACAUCAAGGAGUAAGCUUAGAUGCACUGGUUGGUAUAUUUACCCGUCUAGGAAGAGACAUGGAGGAAAUUGGUGUUCAAAAAAGCUUCAAGUUGGCAGAAAAGGUUGCAUCUAUAAUGGAAGAAGCACAACCUCUCCUUUCACGGAUUGAAGCAUUAGCCGAAGAAGUUCAACCUUUGCUCUCGGAGGUGCGUGAUAGUGAUCUGGUGAAGGAUGUGGAAACCAUAGCUAAAGGUCUGGCUGAGGCAUCCGGCGAUUUAAGAAGGUUGAAGUCUUCCAUGCUUACCCCUGAGAACAGUGAUCUAAUCAAGCAGUCUAUUUUCACCCUUAUAUUUACUUUGAAGAACAUUGAGAGCAUCAGCUCAGACAUCUCUGGUUUCACUGGCGAUGAGGCGACACGACAGAACAUCAAGCUGCUGAUUAAGUCACUUAGCAGACUAUUGUGACCCCUCAGUUGAGCAAAACGCAGUUAUGUGUUGAGAUGGAGAAUGAUGAGUAGAGUAGGCCGUCCAGAUGAGAUUGAAGCAUCUUUAAGAGAAGCUAAUAAUUGUUGAGGUCUGUCAGUUUUUUUCCUGAUAUUUUUUCUGCAUUCUUGACAUUAAAAGCAGUAUUUAUUGUUGUUGUCGAGGAGUUAUAGCAGGCCGUUUUUUGUGUGCAGCACGGUUGUGGUUGAGCAAGUGUGAACAAGGAAUUUGCUAGUACUAUUGUGCUUAUGUUAGCAAUCUAUAAAUUGUGGAUAUUUUUUUCCAUGAACAGUGGCUCCUGAACGUCUAAUAAACUACUACUUUUAUCA